AUGGCCGAAGACCCACCUCCUGUGGAAAGGCUUUUAGGUGAUUAUGGGAGAGCAAAUGCACCUCUUGGCCGGAUGACAAUUGUUAACCAACCGAAUUUUGUGAAUGGUCUUAAGCUUAAGACUAAACAACUAAUUGACACAACUGCUGGUGGUUCAACGAAUUUUAAAACAGCCACUGAGAUAAAGAAGAUCAUUGAUGCUAUUGCAGCAAACGAACACUUAGAGUUGUAUGACCGCAGUGUAAAUCAACCAGAAGGGCUAGUUGAUUUGAAGUUGUCAAAUCAAGCUGUUAAGAUGGAAGAUCAGAUCGCAGCUGAAGUUGAGCGCAGACUAAAACAAAUGGCUCUUGAAAAACAAACGGUGGCUCAAGUUCAGCCGGCUCAACCGAUUCAAGCAGUGAAUUAUCAACAAGGGAACGUUCCAAAACAAGGGGCUGUUCCUUAUCAAAGUCUUCCACAACAACAACAGCAAUAUCGGCCACCACAACAACAACCGUAUCAACAACCUUAUCAGCAACCUCAACAACAAUUCCAGCAACAAGGGCCAAGAAAAGCAGAUUGGGAGAUCGCCAUUGAAAAAAUGGCUGCUCAAAGCUCCCAAUUUCAAGAAGAAACAAGAAGUAAUUUUCGGAAUACGGGAGCAUCAAUUAAAAAUCUUGAAAUUCAGAUGAGUCAAAUAGCACAACAAUUGGCAAGUCCUCAGCAACCUGGUGCUCUACCUAGUGCCACAGUUACGAAUCCCAAAGACCAUAAUAAUGUGAGCGCUAUAGUAACUAGAAGUGGUAAAGCGAAAGAAGUUGUGGAGGAGAGUGCUGAAGAAGGAGAGCCAUUGCUUGAAGUGGAUGUAGAAAUAAAAGAGAAUGAGGUAGAAGCGGAAGACUUAGGUGUGUUGGAACCAACAACUACAGGGAAGACUAGUGAACAAAAACCGGCAAUUAAAUUACCUUUUCCAACAAGAAAUAAGAAGAAGGGGCAGCACGAGAAAAAUUUUGAAAUUUUUUUUGAGAUGUUUAAGAAACUUGAGUUGAACAUACCAUUCCUGGAGGCAUUAGAACAAAUGCCUACAUAUGCCAAGUUCAUGAAAGACAUCAUCUCCAAGAAAAGAACCACCGGUCGUGACCCAAUUAUUCUAACUAAAACUUGUAGUGCUAUUUUGCAGGGUAUGAAAAUUCCGGUAAAACGAAGGACCGAGGCUCUGUAA